UGUUGCUAGAAUGACUGAGAGAUGAACUACAACAAGCUAGAGACGAAGACUUGCCCUCCUCGUCAAAGGAAGACUCAAAAGUCUUAGACCACUUAGUGUUAGCUGUCAUAGACUACCUGUACCUAGUCUCCGUCUCGUGUGCUCGUAUCUUGAAGAACAGAAAAAAUGAUGGGCUACGGAGGAGGUAUGUAUGGAGGCGGCGGCAUGUACGGUGGGGGAGGUAUGUAUGGUGGUGGCAUGGGUGGCAUGUACGGAGGUGGCAUGUACGGAGGCAAUCAAAUGAUGAUGGGAAACCAGCAGAAUGGACAGAUGAACCCGAAUGGAGGACAGCAGGGUGCGAGGAUACCACAGUUAACGACGGGAUCUGCUAUGCGAGUUUUGGUGGAUCUGGGUAGCGUCUUUCAAGAGUCGGCCUUCGUCUUCAUGGCUGUAAGCAGGUUUUUUAGCUCAGGUGGAGAGCCAGGCCCACUGCAACAGCUAUGGAGCACAGGGAAACAGAUGUUUCUCGGCAGGAUACUCGGAAUAAAACAAAAAUCUGCGGAUGAUAUGACUGGAAGAUGUUAAAGUCACUUGGAGAAAGUAGAUGUAGAGGGGCACAAAUACAAAGUAGAAAUUUGAGUCACUUCUAGUUGUUAUGCGUAUGAAAUUCCUGAUACUCUUCUUUCGCAGCUUUAAUCUUCCUGUAGUCAUGGGUUUAGUUCAUUUUUUGACCCUUCGACUUUUCAUCAACAUACUUACUGUUAUUAUUCCUGUAGCCUGACUUUGACACUUCCCUGCCACGACUCCUCUCUAAGAAUAGGACCUCCGUCGGUCCUAACGGGCAGCCUUUAUUGAACCCGUUGGAGAUCGGCAACGCCUGGGCAACGGAGUACAUGAAGCAACGAGGAACCAUGCGGAAGGAAUUUCAUGGUGAAGUUUCGCUUUUGCAGAGGGUGCUGUUCGCGUACGUUAUCUAUUCCUUACUCUCCCAUACCAGAGCUUACCUUCGAGCAGCGCGGCUGAAGACUCGACCAAACACCAACCUGCUGGCAUUGACUUUUGGCUCAUCUAAUGCAGGAACAAGUAAUCGUCCUCGAAUUCGAGAUGGUAGGCCUACGACAUCAACUAAUUCGUCUUCAGAAGGUUCUGGAACCUCCACGAAUCAUCUUCGGUCAGCAUCGGCAGGAGGUGCAGGUGGCAAUGCUACUUCAUCAACGAGCCUGAAUCCACGUGGGAAUUUACGCGCAGGACUUCCUCCAUCAGGGGCCACGACGUCAUUUGCGCAGGCAAUGCAAGGAACGCAUUUACAGACCUACGCAGCACAAGCAACAACAACGGGCACUUCUGGGAACUCUGGUACUGGUGGUCGGGCACGAGGUGUCCACUUUUCUGAAGAUCAUAGUCACACAGAGACGGUUGGGCCUGCAAUUACCGUUCCUGGAGGUCCAAAGGCCUCACCGUUGAUGAAUGAAGUCGAGGUAGAACAAGGUGGAAACACGUGAUUUCAGGAUGGAACAUGAACCUCCUAGCUUGAUCAUGUUUCAUCAAUUUAUAUGCGGUUCGAUAUGUUGAUGUAUCUCUCAUCCUAGAGGUGAUAGCGAUGGUUUUC